GACAUGACGGGAUUUAGCUUCGGAUCGAUGGCCGCGACCCGCUUCUCCAGUUCCCUACCGACACGCAGCUGUGCGGUUGACGUCACGACAUCCGGGCGAGUGGCCGUGCAUGCGGCGGGACCUACAUCUACACUCCGGCGACUCCAUGGGCGACGGGAUUUCGCACUCGGCGUUGGCGAGAUGCGGACGGAACAGACGCCAGGUUGGUCCGGAUAGCCCGGCCGAGAAGUCGAUGAUGGAUGCGCUUGGCUUCGGCAAGCCCCGUGCGUGUUGGAGAAGAGGACGUCUGAUGGAGGACGUAUAAGUUGACGGGAUGCGCCGCGAGUAGAGGUUCGGCAUGACCAGAAGGGAGCCUCGGCAUCAACAUUACAAGACGCCUCGAGAGAGCCAAAGUCUGCGAUAAUGCGCUUCACAUCGUCGACAGCCGUAGCCCUGCUGCUGGCCCGUUCGGCCUCGGCAGCACCUCAACUCAAGUAUGGGGAAAACACAGGCCCGGUAGGAGGCAUCACACCCCCGAUACCCACGGCAACGGCCCCCUCGGGCAGCCCGUACGGCGACAGCAGCCUCCUGGGCGGCAACGCGCGCGUCCCCGACGUCGACUCGGACACGGCGCAGGUGCCCGAGAGGCCGCAGCUCGUCAACGGCCAGGACGCCGACGCCGACCUCGGGCUCUACCUGGACCUCGCCUCGGCCGACGCGCCGCAGCCCAUCCGCGGCGACUACGGCGACGUCGACCCGGGCCCGCGGACGUUCGACUACGAGAAGCUCAACCCGGACCUCUUCGCGCCGCCGGGGACCGACGCGGGCUCCGUGCCCAACGCCGUGUGGCCCCUCGGCCUGUCGCACAACCGGCCGGGCUACCGGGGCCGCUCCGGGUGGGCGCGGCAGCAAAACACCGACGUGCUGCCCAACGCCAAGCGCAUGGCCGGCGUCGACAUGAAGCUCGCCCCCAACGCCUACCGCGAGCUGCACUGGCACACGGCCGGCGAGUGGGCGCUGGUCCUCAAGGGCUGCGUCCGCGUCGCCGCCAUCAACGACGAGAACCAGUCCUUCACCGACGAUCUCUGCGAGGGCGACGUCUGGUUCUUCCCCCCGGGCGUGCCGCACUCCAUCCAAGCCUUUGACAAGGGCGUAGAGUUCCUUCUCGUCUUCGACGAGGGCGACUUUGACGAGAACGGCACCUUUCUCGUCUCCGAGAUGUUCGCCCGCACCCCGCGCGAGGUGCUCUCCAAGAACUUCCACGCCGACGUCGACGCCUUCAAGGACCUGCCCGACGGCGAGCUCUACAUCUUCAACGGCACGCGCCAGCCCAAGGACAUUGGCCAGCAGAACACGACCGCCCCGGGCGGCUUCCUGAGCGGCAACGGCUCCUACACGUACCACUGGUCGCGCCAGGAGCCGUACCGCGUGCCGGGUGGCAGCGUCAAGAUCCUCGACCCGCGCACCUUUCCCAUCGCCACCAUGUUCUCCGCCGCCCUCGUCACCGUCCAGCCCGGCGCCAUGCGCGAGAUGCACUGGCACACCACCUCGGACGAGUGGGACUACUUCCUCCAGGGCUCCGGCCGCGCCACCAUCUACCACGCCCCCAGCGCCGGCCGCACCUUUGACUUCACCGCCGGCGACGUCGGCUACAUCUCCCAGGCCGAGGCCCACUACGUCGAGAACACGGGCGCCGAGGACCUCGUCUUCCUCGAGGUCCUGCAGGCCCCCAAGUUCUCCGACGUGUCCGUCGCCCAGUGGCUCGCCCUGACCCCCAGGCAGACCGUCAAGGACCACCUGAAGCUGCCCGACAAGCUGCUCGACAGCCUCCCCAAGGAGAAGACGAUCCUCAAGGCGGGGAAUAGGAACCUGACGGCGCUUACCGGCGGGGGAAAGGCCUACGAGCCGUGAGACGGUCGACUGAAACUGCUUCCACGUCGUGGUCAAUGAUAGCAGAGCAUCUACCGCCGAUCCAUUUCAUGAAGCCUAGAGCCAGACAUGAAGCCCCUCGUCGAACUGGAGGGAAGUAGAUUUCUGCCGCGCCGGGUGUGAAUCGGCAGUGAACAACAUCAUUGGGCGCGACGGCAGGGUUCGUGUUUGCAAAGGGCGUGUGGACGCGGUGGUGUUGACGGCCACGGGGCUCAGGGGGGGGGGGGAGUUGGCAUGUACCCGUACCGCGCGGCAUCGCGCUCAUGACCACGAUGAAGCAGCCACGCUGCAUCGCAAACGCCUCUACAUGAUCUGUCACCCUCAUCUACAUCUCCUCCAGAAACCUAUCCACUCCCUCAAGUGCCGACGUUGCAACGUAACGUGUUGUCCGUACACCCUCAACUCCGGCAUGGACCAUCGUAAACAUGACCCAACAUGCAUGUGCAUGAAGCAUGCCCUCUCCCUGUCAUCUUUGACAACAUGACAUGAACCACAACACACCAGACCCGACUGGGAGACAGGAAAAAUGUCCGUCUUGGCUGCAGCAUCUCAACUUUCCCACAUGACUCCCGCCGCACCAUCUCACGAUCACGCGCGACUAGACCGGCGGGCCGCAAGCACAGACGAACGCCCGAACCCCCCGUCGCCGGCCACGGCCACGGCUCCAGUCGUCGCGCGUCAAAAAGCCCUCCGCUGUUACGUUGUGAGACAUUUGCCCUGCCCGGUUUUCCAGUCUCGUUGCACUGUGCAUAUGUAGAGCCAACGCGACCCGGCUGCUUUUUCCUCAUGUAGCGCGAGCGCCUCGGAGACAAAACAGCCAGUAGCAAUGCCGUUUUGGCAUCUCCGGUGCAUGAAAGCAGGGAAAGGCGGUUUCGGCGGUGGAGAUGGCGGCAUGCGCUGUCAGCUCGCGACGACGUCACUCGCCAACGACUCCCCGUGGCAUUGAUGGCUUAUGACUAGUUCUGGGGGUUGAUUUGAUUUCUUCUUGGGGCGAAGCUAGUACUCUCUGUAUGGGUUCAAGACAAGAUCAAACAAUAGUUCGCCUUGUAGCGCGAAAUGGGUGUUCGCGAUAUUGGCGCACUACGUGUGCUCACGAGGUCAUGUCACGACCCGUCGCGGGCAAACGGCGUUCCCCUAGCUCCUUUCAAUAUUGGAGAACUCUUCACGGCCCAUUCCUGUCAUUCGGUCCUUGAAAUUGGUGCUUCUGCUGAAAGAAGUCGCCUCGUCACUCUAGUGACCUGCGACGAUAGGCUCAUAUGCAGUCCGCUGUCCAAAAC